AUGUCAGUAUCGAAGGACACCACAGAGCAGGCACUUUUGGCCGCCGAUUCGGACAACAAUGAGGAAGCAAAAGAAGCUACCGAUACCUCAGCGCCUCCUAAGAGAGCUAAAUGGCAAUUCAGUCUCAUUGGUGGGGCAUGCGCAUGCAUCGUCGUCCUCAUCGUCAAUCUCAGUAUUACCAUAUGGUCAAGUGUCAGCUUCGUCGGCAGCGAAAGCGGUGACAGGUCAAUCCGGAGAAUUAUCUACGAAGGAUCUUGCUCGGAUUCGCGUACCAUCAACGUCGUUAUUCACCUUGUCAUCAACAUCUUCAGUUCAAUCCUCCUUGCGUCAAGCAACUAUGGCAUGCAGUGCCUUUCUGCACCAACAAGAGCAGAUGUAGAUCGAGCACAUAUACGCCGAAAUUGGAUGGAUAUCGGAAUCCCUAGCUUUCGAAACUUGAGAAUGGUGUCUCGAAAGAGAGCUGCUCUUUGGCUAUUGCUAGUCCUAUCUUCUAUUCCUCUGCAUCUUUUGUUCAACUCAGUAGUCUAUUCCUCUUUGACAAUAUGGGAGUAUCAUCAUUUCACAGUCAACGAAGACUUCCAAUUACUUUGGACAGAUGCUCCAUAUUUCUAUGAGGAUUCCCCAGACGACAAGCGAAGAGUCAAACAGCUGAUGGCCGGCGACCACGGGAAACUUGACAACCUGACAACGUUGCAAUGUAUCAAUGACUAUGCCGUCCCCUUUCAAACCAGGAGAGUCGACGUAAUACUCGUUGUCGAACCGGAUGGAGCUGUGUCCACUGGGAAGGAUACUGUUCACUGUGAUAACAGUAUUCAAACAGAUUACGACUGGAUCUGCGGUUGGGUCAAUCCCUCAUGCCAUCUCUGUCGGAGCGACUUACCUCAAGUCAGGAGCCAGUCAGAUGAUUGGAGGCCGUGGGGAAAGCGUGUGAAAUAUUGCCUCAGUCAGCCAGCGGAGCAAAUGUGUCGACUGAAUUUUGACGUUCGGAUCGCCGUAGUCAUACUUGCAGUCAAUUUCGUCAAGGGAGUUACGCUGGUCUUCAUAGCGCUAUGGCCACCAAAAGAGCCACUCUUCGUUCUUGGGGAUGCUGUUCAAUCAUUCUUGAUAUCCCCAGAUGAAACGACCACUGGGGCUUGCCUGGCAUCUUCGCGUCUGGUUCGGGCGGGCCAUCUCUCUCAACCCUGCACCAUCGAUUCAAAACCCAGGUUCCGAGGUAUCGCAGUAACGAAGACGAGGUGGACCUUGAGUAUUCUUACGUACACUAUGGCAUUCUCCGCCGCUUGCUAUCUCCUUGCAUGGGGUAUCCAGAAGCUCACAGGCCCUCAAGAUGCCAGAAGUCUUUGGGACCUUGGAUUUGGCAGUGCGAACGAGCUAACGAUGAUAUCAGGAAAGUCUUGGGGGGAUUCUAAGGACGAUAGCAAACUUAUCCGCAAUGUUUUCCAGUCUAACCUCCCUCAACUGAUCUUCUCGUUCCUCUAUUUUCAGUAUAAUAGCAUUUUUACCUGCAUGGCCGCUGCCGAGGAAUGGAGUAGCUAUGGCAACAAAAGAAGGUCUCUGCGCGUAUCAUCUAACCCGAGAGGCAAGCAACGAUCGCGAUACUUCCUCCAACUUCCCUACCGUUAUAGCGUCCCCCUGCUGUUAGCUUCAAUCUUGAUGCAUUGGAUGCUUUCGCAGAGCAUCUUCCUGGUCGCUAUUGAACAAUCAGGGGAAUGGUACUGGAUAACUAGCGGAUACUCCCCUAUCGCCAUCAUCUUCGUCGUCAUUAUUGCUAUAUUCAUGGCUGCUGCCGUUAUAAUUACAGCCUUCCGACGCCUGCCAACUACCAUGCCCGUCGCUGCAAGUUGCAGUUUGGCGAUUACAGCUGCCUGCCACCACCCAGAUAACGCGCCGCAGCCGGACGCGUCCAUAUCUCGUCUUCAAUGGGGUGUUAUGCAGCAACAGAGAGAAGACUCGGGUAAAGAGCUUACGAAUCAUUGUGGAUUUUCUCAAUACCCAGUCGAAAAGCCAGAAUGGGGGGUUGUGUAUCGUUGA